GCAACCGCCACUGAGCGCCUGGACUUUGAGAGGUUUUGCUUUUAUUAAAGUUGUAAAAUAAAGCUAGCAGUACGAGUUGCACCUCUGCCGAUAAACAGCAAGCACUUCUUUAGCCGAGGCGUGCACACGAAUAGUGAAGUUGUCUCUAACGUCCCGUUGCUGCCUGCCAGUCCAUCAUGUAUCGUCCCAAACCAACCCUGAAGGACCGGCAGCACCUGUACAAGCUGAUCAUAAGCCAGCUGCUCUAUGAUGGCUACACCAACAUUGCCAACAGCCUCAUCAAUGAGGUCAAACCACAGAGUGUGGUGUCGCCCUCGGAGCAGCUGAUGCAGCUGGCUAAGAUUGGGAUGGAGAAUGACGACAGUGCAGUUCAGUAUGCCAUCGGUCGGUCGGACACAGUGGCACCUGGAGUGGGGAUUGAUCUGGAGUUCGAUGCCGAUGUCCAGACCAUGUCUCCUGAGGCAUCCGAAUAUGAGACCUGCUAUGUAACCUCCCAUAAGGGUCCGUGUCGUGUUGCCACCUACAGCCGUGACGGUCAGCUCAUCGCCACGGGCUCUGCCGAUGCCUCCAUCAAGAUCCUGGACACAGAGCGCAUGCUGGCCAAGAGUGCCAUGCCCAUUGAGGUAAUGAUGAAUGAGACAGCCCAGCAGAACAUGGAGAACCACCCUGUGAUCCGGACCCUGUACGACCACGUUGACGAAGUGACCUGCCUCGCCUUCCAUCCGACUGAACAGAUCCUGGCCUCUGGCUCACGCGACUACACCCUCAAACUGUUUGACUAUUCAAAACCCUCUGCAAAAAGAGCAUUUAAACACAUACAGGAAGCUGAAAUGCUGCGUUCGAUCUCCUUCCACCCAUCGGGCGACUUCCUGCUGGUGGGCACGCAGCACCCCACCCUGCGGCUCUAUGAUGUCAACACCUUCCAGUGCUUUGUGUCCUGCAACCCGCUGGACCAGCACACGGACACCAUCAGCGGCGUCAGCUACAACCCCACCGCCAACAGCUACGUCACCUGCAGCAAGGACGGCAGCAUCAAGCUGUGGGACGGCGUCUCCAACCGCUGCGUCACCACCUUUGAUAAGGCCCACGACGGCGCCGAGGUUUGCUCCGCGAUCUUCUCCAAGAACUCCAAGUACAUCCUGUCCAGCGGCAAAGACUCGGUGGUCAAGCUGUGGGAGAUCUCGACAGGACGGACGCUGGUGAAGUACACAGGUGCGGGGCUGAGCGGACGUCAGAUGCAUCGCACACAGGGAGUGUUCAACCACACGGAGGACUAUGUGCUGCUGCCUGAUGAGCGCACCAUCAGCCUGUGCUGCUGGGACUCGCGCUCGGCCGAGAGGAAGAACCUGCUCUCUCUGGGCCACAACAACAUCGUCCGCUGCAUCGUGCACUCGCCCACCAACCCCGGCUUCAUGACCUGCAGUGACGACUUCAGGGCUCGUUUCUGGUACCGCCGCACGACCACAGACUGAGGCCGGUCCGGCCUUGGCGUUUUGACUCUAUGGCAACACCCGCCCUCCUACUGUAGAGAACCAAACAGGCCACCGGACGGUGCAACCACUGUCUCCUGCAGUUUCCGGGAGCUUGCAGACUCUGACUGCAGACAUGCAUACUGAGACACAAGCCAGGAGUCUGUGGCAACGUUUUUUUGUCUUGUUUUGUUUUGUCUGAGUUUAUUCACAGUGGAAUUUUUAGAGGACGACUUAAAGGAUCAGAGUUAGCCCUGCACCACUGUAACAUCAGAGGUUGGGGGCGCUGUUUCUCCAUUUCCUUUUUCAUUUUGGUAACAGCAGUUUUUAUGUGAAUGAUGCUGCGAUGAGUUGUUGUGUGACUGAAUAGGGAGCUUUUCACAGGCUGAAUUGGAAAAAAAAAUCCUUGUUGCUGUUUUCAAAGUAAAGUUGCAACACUCAUACCUUACUUUUCUCACAUAUUUGUCAUCAGUGACCGCAGAGUUGGUGUGAUUGUCUUUUCUGUCUUUUCCACUUUUAUAUUUUGUUAAUCUGUUGUCUUAAAUUGUGAUUAAGAUUUUUAUUAAACAAUUAAACAACAAAAAAGUGGCUACUGA